UUUCAUCGUUAGUAAACAUGUUUAAAAAUUUACUAAAAAAUGUUUGAAAUUGUUUGAAAAUAUUUAUAUUUUAUAUUUCACUCGUACAGUUGUGAUCCAUUCUUAAAAAAUGAAGGGCAGGACGUUAAUAUGCAUAACCAUCGUGUUGGGUGUUUCGAUGCUGCAGGACGUACGUGGUGGCAAGACUGUGACCGAUAAGAAACUGAAAAACUGGACUGAGAAAAAAAAAGAUAUAUAUAACAAUGAAAUGGACCUCGGAGAAGUAAAUUUAAAAGAUAACGUUAAACUUAAAGAACAUGGAAACGAGCUACAAGAUUUGCUGGAAGUUAUACAAUAUGUGAUCACCAAUACAAUUAAUAACAGAGAAUUUCGCAUGUUUUUGAUUAAACGAUUCUUACACAACUACGUUAAAGAUGCAUCUAAAUAUUUGGAUAAAGUAAAGGAACUGAAGAGGAAAAUGGAUCCAAUCGAAGCUAAAAAUGACGAUGAUAAAGAUAAAGCAAUGAAAAUUUAAUAAAAGUAUUAAUAACUACGAUUUUUAAAGUUGAUUAAAUAAAAAUUAAAAUAGAUUGAAUAUAAACUAAAUUUAAUCAAACUUGGCAAUAAUUGGUUUACAAAGACCUAUACGAUGAUCAAUAUUAUUGUUAAUUUAUUAUUAUUUUUUUCUCAGAAAUUAAGUAAUUGCUGAUAAUCCAUAAUUUAUACACCAGAUUAUCGUUUAUAUUUUAAUUUUAUUUUAAAACAAAUUUAUAUGGAUUAUAUUUUUUUCAAUUGUCGAUAUUAAUAUUUCUUAGUGUUUUUUGUUUACACAUAACAUAACAUAAAAAAAUAAUACGAAAGCUAAAUAAAUAUUGCAUAAAUUAAAUUA